CGAAAGGACAAGCUGGCGACAGACUCAGCUAACUGCUCACUUGCUCUCCAGCAUCCACUCUCGCUCUCUGCGCGUCAUCCUGUCUCCUCACAUUCUCUCGUUCGUGGCCAAGUUCAUGAUGGUUAUUGUACGCUUUGCCGGACUACCGCCUUGUUGAUUACCCGCCGGCAAACUCCUGUCGCAUGGCUGGCCAGGAGCGCUGUGAUCAUUCCAUGAGAGCUAUCGCUGCUCACUCUUGCAUACUUCCAUCGCUUUAGGAUAUCAAUACCUUUUCAGUCAACCCAGACCUACAAUUGAUCCCGUAUCCGCCUGGCAUAUAUUGUUUCACCAUGGCGGUAACAGCUUGGACCGAUACCUGCGUCCACUGCGCUGAGCUCCUUGCCAGCGUCCCUGUCUCCAUCGUCUUUGCCGCCGUCGGCGCUACUGCGGUUGGAUUGCUUGUUUGUCUCUAUGUUUUUCUAUCCCUAGUUGCGCCGGUACCACGGAGUCCCCUCCCGGAAGAAGCGACCUACCGCACUAUCUCGAAAGACGGAUCGGUCACGGAGCCUGAGCCGCUACCCUCCUGGCAAGACUCAAACAACAAAAAGAAUGGCCGGGGAAUCGACAAUUCCGAGUUGUUUGUGUCCCUGGUCGUCCCAGCCUAUAACGAGAAGGACCGUCUCGGCGGCAUGCUAGAAGAGGCUGUCAACUACCUGGAGCGCAUGUACGGAACACUGGGCCACAGCCAACCCGACGAGAAGCCCGUUCGACAACGGAAGAACGCCGCCAACGGACGCGCAAAUGGCAGUGCAAACGGCAACGCGGCGAACGGGAUACCGCAUGGAAAGGGCUGGGAGAUUAUCAUCGUCUCGGAUGGAUCGACGGACAGCACGGAAGAAAUGGCGUUCUCCUUCGCCCGAGAUCAUCAGCUCUCGCUGCAUCCCAAGGGUCACGCCGGUCCCUGGACACCCGAGCCCGAAGAGGGAGUGCAUAUUCCGCCCGGAACAAUCCGUGUAGUGACUCUGUCCAAGAACCGCGGAAAGGGCGGGGCCGUCACUCACGGGAUGCGACAUGUUCGUGGCCAGUAUGUGGUUUUCGCUGACGCGGACGGCGCAACCAAUUUUGCGGACUUGGGGAAGCUUAUUACUGCUUGUCAGGAUGUCGAGGAUUCCACCGGCCGCGGUGUAGCCGUUGGAUCUCGCGCUCACAUGGUUGGAAGUGAAGCCGUUGUCAAGCGUUCCAAACUCCGCAACUUCCUAAUGCACUCAUUCCACCUAAUCCUGUGGCUCCUAACACCCUCAAAAACCGCCACGAUCAAAGAUACGCAGUGCGGGUUCAAGCUCUUCUCGCGCGCCUCUCUCCCCUUCAUCAUUCCCUACAUGCAUUCCGAGGGCUGGAUCUUCGAUGUCGAAAUGUUGAUGCUUGCGGAGUUUGCGCGCAUCCCUGUUGCCGAAGUCCCCGUUCACUGGCGCGAGGUCGGCGGGAGCAAGUUGAAUGUCCUGAGGGAUAGCAUUGGCAUGGCGUGGGGCCUGGCAGUUCUGAGGGCUGCAUGGUCGUUGGGGGUUUAUAGACGGAAGUGAUUUAGUACAGCACGAUAGUUCUUGUUUGAUAUGAUACGGAGUAUAAGGUGCAUUACAUUACAGUAAGCUAAGCAAUAUAUUCUCGGGCAUUUCCCAUUCUAUC